AUGCCUCCUAAAAGAUCACAUCACAAAACUUAUUCAUCAGAAAUAUCCUCUUCAAAUCUUUUGGCUUAUCCUACUCAUAGAGAAGAACCUAAAAUUUCUAAAUCUCCAACUUUACAAUUUGAUUUCAAAGUAAUCAAAUUCUAAAUUUUCUUAGACUAACCAGAUAUCCAUUGAAUAAAAUCCUUUACUUAGAUAGAAUGGUUCCUCUUCUAAUCUUCAAUAAUUAUAAUAAUAGUAAUAUAUUUGAACUAUUAUCUGAGGAAAACUAUUCGAAAAUUUCAAUAAUAAGAUCUCCUUAUAUCCAAAGGCUUUAUCACACCACAAUAUUUAAGUUCUAAUCCUAGAUUAUUCCAAUCUAAUUUAAAAAGUAAAUAAUAAUCCAACCACAUCAAAACCUAACCUUAUUCCAAUAAAAAUAUAUAAUACUAAACUUUAGGUAUAGAAACUGAAGAGUAUAAACAACCUUCAUUUAUUUCACAAUUUUAAUAGAAAUUUUAAGAUCCUUAGCACAUACAAUAAUUUAAAAAGAAUUCUUUAUCUCUAAAAUAAAAGACAGACAUACCUCUUUUAGAUUUAUAAUAAAAAUAACAAAUAGAGAAUUUGUAUAGCAAUUAAUUUCAUAAAUCAUAAGGAUCUUUUAAUAUCUAGAAUACUUAGAAGAUAUCAUUUCAUUAGAAUUAAACUCAUUCAAAAAGUAAUGGAAUAGCAAUUACUCCUAUUCUUUAAGUUUAUACUCCUAAAGAAGCCCUAACAGAAUUUCAUUAACUUGAAUCUCUUACUGCAAGGUAUUUAUGUAUGUAAUGAAUAGAAAGAAGCCCAUUCUUACUCUGAUUUUACAAUAUAAAUUGAUAAAAAUAAAACUAUAAAUUGAAUUAUCAACCCAAAACAUUCAACAUUUAGUCGAUAUCGUUAGGCAGGAAAUAAAUAACAAUUUUUAAAAUUGCAAAUAAAAAAUUAUAGGAAUCUAAACUUGCAAUUUAUCUAUCCCUACAGAUUAUAUUUUAUCAAUGACAGAAAAACCUUUAUUAAUUUUAGAAGGUUGUUAAAUAAAACCAUUGGUUAUAGAACCUAUUUUUGAAAUAGAGAAUGAUAUUUAGAUUUCUAAAGUAAGUUUAAAAGAUUUUGAAUUUAUAAAAUGUAUUGGUAUGGGAGGAUUUUCAAAAGUUUAUUUAGUUAAGGAAAUAAAAACAGGAAAAUAUUUUGCUAUGAAAUUAAUCGAAAAAGGUCCAAUAAUUUAAUAGAAUAAAUAAUAAAUAAUUCAAAAUGAAAGAGAUAUAAUGUGUUUGAUAGAUGAUCCUUUUGUAGUAAAAAUGUAUUAUGCAUUUGAAUCAAGAAAAUAUUUUGUAUUUGUUUUAGAAUAUUGUUCAGGAGGAGAACUCUUCUUUUUACUUAGAAAAGUAUUAAAUUUUUAUUUAUAUAGAUUAAAAGAAUGAGUGAAAAAGAUGCUUUCUUUUAUUUUUCAGAAAUUUGUUUAGGAAUGAAAACUCUGCAUUCUAACAAUAUAAUUUAUAGAGAUAUUAAACCUGAAAAUAUAUUAAUUGAUUUAGAUGGACAUAUAAGGAUAGCUGAUUUUGGAUUGUCUAAACCCAAUAUGAUUGAAACUGAAGAUGCAUAUUCAUUUUGUGGAUCCUCUGAAUAUAUGGCACCAGAAAUGUUAUUAAAAAGUGGACAUACUUUUUAAUUAGAUUUGUAUUGUCUAGGUGCAUUGCUCUAUGAAUUAGUAACUGGACUACCUCCUUUUUAUUCUCGAAACCUUGAAGAAAUUUAUUAGAGAAUUUUGAAUUAGAAAUUAAAAUUUCCACCAUAAAUCUAAUUAUCUUCAUCAAUCAAACAUCUUUUGACAAAUUUAUUAGCCAAAAAUCCUAAAGAUAGAAUUGAUUCUAUUGAUACUUUAUUAAACCAUCCCUGGAUGACUUAAUGGGGAGAUCAAAAUUUAUAUAAAUAAAUUGUUAUUAAAAAGAUUCGCCCUCCAUAUAUUCCUGAUUAUUUUAAUCUCAAUUUUGAUGAAAAAGAGUUUGGAAUAGGAGAGAGCGAAUUUUUAUAAUUUAUUAAACCAUUACAAAAAAGCAUGAAUGAAAAUUUUCCUAAAGAAAUUAUAUUAAAGGAAUUUUAUUACAAUAAAAAUAAAAAUAUAAAUGAGGAAGAAGAUUAAACAAAUUAUAAAUUAGAGUAUAAAUAACCUCAAAAAUAAAAUUCAAAAGGAAAGAAUGCUGAAGAUAAUAGUGUGCCAUAUCAUAAAGGUUUUUUGAUGAAUAAAUAUAGUAGUUAUUAAAGACUACUUACUGAAGUUGAACCAAAACUAAAACUAGCAUGAAUUUAAAUUAAACUAAGAAUGA